GUGAAACUCCCCUUUGCGGUCAGAGGAGCACCUAUAAAAUCCGAUGAUUUCACGAACCUCUUCAAAGAGGGAUAUGCUGCAAUCACAACACAGUCAUGCAGAUAAAACAGACAACGACGGGUUUGGUGUUUUUCUGUAUAACCGGAAGUCUCCUUCUCACCAUCGUCACGGUAAACGGAGAACAAUAUUCGAACCCUAGGCCUACCAGGAACUGUCAACAGUACCGUAGUCGCCGUGGUGAAUAUGAAAUAACCGGAAAUGACGACAGCGUGUAUUGUUACCAUCAGCAUCUGUACCAAUCCGCCCUAGGCUCCUCGCCCAACAACGCGUCCAUCGUAUAUGUCCAGACACUUCUAGAGAAAGCCUUGAGCAGGUGUGACGGGUCUGGAUCCAAAUACGGGCAUCCGAGACAGGUAAAGAAGAAAUGCAGAAAAGGGAGAUGCAGAAGAAAAAACAAAAAUAAAAAACGCGGGAAGAAAGUUGCAAGAAAGCCCACAUCUUACAACAAAAUAAAGUAUGGACGAAUAACGCCUAAUUGCGCUUGGGAACGAAAAGAAGUCCGGACGAUGUCCAGGUCAGAAUGGAACCGAUUUACCAGGAGACUUAAUAUUCUUAAAAGGCCAAUCAGAAAUCCAGGAGGGGGUUCAUUUAUUCCAUACGAUGUUAUUUCUGACAUCCACAGAAGUGAUUCGAACCUAGAUGCAGCCCAUGGAGGUCCCAGCUUCCUAGGUUGGCAUAGAGUGUACCUGCUCAUACUGGAGUCUGCCAUUGGAGUUCCGGUCCCCUAUUGGGACAGUCGACUGGACUAUGACAUGGCCGAACCUACCGACUCUAUGCUGUGGACGGAUGAGUUUUUCGGCCCUGGUUUUGGAAUAGUGGACUCGGGGCCAUUUGCAGGUUGGAUUACGGCAGACAAUGUUUCACUUGUGCGAAAUAUUGGAAGCGGUGGCAGUCUUAUGUCCGCAUCUAUGGUAGAAGAAAUAUUACGUUAUAGGAAUCAUGACCCUAUUGUUGAGCCCACCCGAAGGAGUAUAUCCCUAGAACGAAUACAUGGCGGUCCCCACGUGUGGGUGGAUGGGCAGCUCUCUUCCCUCCAAACAGCGCCCCAGGAACCUGUUUUUUUUCUUCAUCACAGCUUUGUUGAUUAUAUAUGGUACCUGUUCAGAGUAAACAUGCGAAAAAAUGAAAAUAUAAAUCCGUCAACUGAUUACCCAAAUAAGGGACCGAGGUCGCAUGGUCGCAAUGAAAAUAUGAUUCCGUUUGGUGAUCUUCGUAAUAUCCAAGGCUAUAGUGACUUCCUUGAGAGUCUGACUCGAUACAGACCUUCACCCACGUGUCCCUCCUGUGGCAGAAGUAAGUAUUUAGAAUGCGACAGAGGCAUUAACAGAUGCAAGUCGAAACCAAAACGUAAAGUCGUCACGCCUUCAGGUGCGAGUGGUCAACGUCGUAGAAGACUCGGCACAGUCCUCCUUGGUACAAAAUUCAUUAGCCCUCAAACCGAUCCUAGGACAAGCGGAAAUGUUUUAAGUUUUGGACCGUUAUUGAACAGGACACUUCUGGUAUAGACCGGAAGCACGAUGUUUAACAUGUCGGGUAUAGACCGGAAGCACGAUGUGUAACACUUCUGGUAUAGACCGGAAGCACGAUGUUUAACACGUCUGGUAUAGACCGGAAGCACGAUGUGUAACACUUCUGGUAUAGACCGAAAGCACGAUGUUUAACACGUCUGGUAUAGACCGGAAGCACAAUGUGUAACACUUCUGGUAUAGACCGAAAGCACGGUGUGUAACACCUCUGGUAUAGACCGGAAGCACAAUUUUAAGGAUAUUUCACUAUGCAAUUUUAAAUGGAUUCCGUAUCGAACGUUUAUUUAUCUUAUUAAAUUCUUAUAAUUCUUU